ACAAACAAACUACCAAUAAGCCUAUAAUCGAGCAACCUCAAGCAAAAGAGUGAAAGGAAAACAAAAUAUGGUUCACUCUGACCAAAGAAACCUUACUAUUCUUAUGCUUCCAUGGCUAGCUCACGGCCAUAUAUCUCCCUACCUAGAGCUAGCCAAGAAGCUGACCACCAAGAGAAAUUUUCACAUCUUUAUUUGUUCCACGCCUGUAAAUCUCAGCUCCAUCAGGCCUAAACUCUCCCAAAAAUAUUCUCAUUGCAUUGAAUUUGUGGAACUCCAUCUUCCACAUGAUGACUUGCCUGAACUCCCACCUCACUACCACACCACCAAUGGCCUCCCUCCCCAUCUCAUGUCCACUCUCAAAAGGGCCUUUGACAUGUCCAGCAACAACUUCUCCAACAUCCUCAAAACCCUAAGCCCAGAUUUGCUCAUAUAUGAUGUUCUUCAACCAUGGGCGCCCUCUCUAGCUUCAUUGCAAAAUUUUCCAUCCAUCGAAUUCAUCACCAUGGGUGCUGCCUUGACUUCAUUUAGUAUUCAACAUCUCAACAACCCUAGUGUCAAGUUUCCUUUUCCUUCGAUUUAUCUUCAAGAUUACGAAGCUGAAAAGUUUAACAAUGCGUUGGAAUCUUCAGCAAAUGGCAUCAAAGAUGGAGACCGUAUUCUGCAAUGCAGUGCUCGAUCUUGUAACAUCAUUUUGGUAAAGACAUCCAAGGAGAUUGAAGAAAAAUACAUUGAUUAUCUCUCUGAUUUAAUGGGGAAGAAGAUCGUGCCUGUUGGAACGCUUGUUCAAGAGCCAAUGGAUCAAAAAGUUGAUGAGGAAACAUGGAUCAUGAAAUGGCUGAACAAAAUGGAAAGGUCUUCUGUAGUGUAUGUUUGCUUUGGCAGUGAGUACUUUCUGUCCAAGGAGCAAAUAGAAGAGAUAGCUCACGGAUUAGAGCUUAGCAAAGUGACCUUCAUUUGGGUUUUAAGAUUUCCUAUGGAGGAGAGAAGUACUAGGGUUGAAGAGGUGUUACCAGAAGGGUUUUUACAGAGGGUGGGAGAGAAGGGAGUGAUAAUGGAGGGUUGGGCCCCACAGGCAAAGAUACUGCAGCAUUCUAGUGUUGGUGGGUUUGUGAGUCACUGCGGAUGGAACUCAGUGUUGGAGAGCAUCAAGUUUGGUGUUCCAAUUAUAGCCAUGCCUCUGCAUCUUGACCAGCCGAUCAACGCUAGACUUGUGGAGGAGGUGGGUGUUGGUGUGGAGGUUAAGAGAACAGGGGAAGGAAGUUUGCAAAGAGAAGAGGUCGCAAAGGUGAUUAGAGAUGUUGUUGUGGAGAAAAUUGGAGAGGAAGUGAGAAAAAAGGCAUUGAAAAUAAGAGACAACAUGAACAAGAAAGAGGAUGAAGAGAUUGAUGGGGUCGUGGAGGAACUGAUGCAAGUUUGUACGGGAAGGGAAUCUAAGUGAGAAAGACGUCCGUACGUUGAGUCUUCAAUUAAAUUAUCAUUCUAAUGAUCUUGAAUGCUCACAUCAGCAUCUGUGUAGGUGAAUAAAAUUCAAAAUGUUGGGCUUGACUUCUUUACUUUUUGUAAGUAAUGAUGUUGGGUUUUCUUUGUGUUUUUUUAAGAUGUUUACUUUUUUACAAUACUUCCCUCCUUACCUAUCAGAAGGAACUCCUCUUUACAUUUUAUUGUGACUCAACCACAAAGUAAUGUGUCUUCUUUUUUGAAUUGUCAAAACUGUCUUUUUUUCUUCUAUUUUUUGUAACUUUUACUGAAACCUUAGCUU